GCUGACCAGAGGCGGACCCGGCAGAACGGAGGCGCCCCCGGAGCUGCGCGGAGCCGUUCCCCGCGCGCGCCCCUCGCCCCAGCUCGCGCCCGCUUUGUCCUCGCGCCCCCUCGUGCGCGCGCCCCGCGUUCCCCCCGCGUUCCCCCGGUAGCGGCCAAGGGACGAGGACGCGGCGGGCGGGGGAGGGACGGAGCCGUCUCCGCAGGAAUUUCUAGAAUCAUUCUAGUGUGAAAGAUUUUGAUGAUGUCUCGACGCAGUCAGCGCCUGAGCCGUCACUACCAGGUUGAUGAUGAUGGAGGCAGCAGCAGCAGCAGCAGCGGGGGGAGUUCCCUGGUGGCUGGCCAGCACACUGCCUUCCAGGACAGUCCCCUCAGGACUGUGAGGAGGAAGUCUAGCAAUGUGAAACGCCUCUCACCAGCCCCUCACCUGGGUCCUGCUUCCAAUCCUCACACCACCUACUACAGUGAAUCAGUGGUGAGCGAGUCCUACAUAGGGAGCCCCCGAGCCGCCUCGGUGGCCAGAAGCUCCAUCCUACAAGAUCAGCUGGACAGCGAUGCCUACUGGAGUGAGCGUGGUGGGGACCUAUUGGUCAGGAGGAGGAGAGGCACAGGGGAUGCUGAGAGCAGCAAGGUCAAUGGACUGAGUGAGGGCAAAGUCACCUAUGACACCUAUGGAUCGUCCUCAGGAUACUCCUCUGAGGAUGACUAUGCAGGGCACGCACUUAUGGACCAGCCUGGCUCAGCAUCCACAUUAAGGAACGCCGCCUCCCAACUUGGCGCUUUCUUGUGGAUGGCCAUCACUUUUCCAGGUUGGCUCUUUGGCCUUUUCUACUGGUGGCUUGGCACCACCUGGUACCGCCUGACCACAGCUGCCUCCCUUCUGGACGUCUUUGUCUUAACCAGGAGCUUUUCGACUCUGAAGAAGUUGCUCCUGUUUCUCUUGAUGCUAGUGCUUCUGGCUUCGCUGGCUUAUGGUGCUUGGUAUUUCUACCCCUACGGAUUACAGACCUUCCACCCUGCUAUGCUCUCCUGGUGGGCAGCAAAGGGCAGCAGCAGGAGAGAGGAGGUGUGGGAAUCAGGAGAAUCCACCCCAUAUUUCCAGGCUGAACAGCGUGUCCUGUCAAAGGUUCAUGCUCUGGAAAGGCGGCUGGAAACUCUGGCUUCUGAAUACUCUGCCCAUUGGCAGAAGGAGGCCACCAGGCUGGAGCGCCUGGAGCUACGGCAAGGAGCCAGUGGGAGCGGAGGUGGGAAAGGCCUGAGCCACGAGGACACUCUGACUCUCCUGGAGGGCCUGGUGAGCCGACGAGAAGCCACCCUGAAGGAGGACUUCCGCAGGGACACCACUGCCCACAUCCAGGAAGCGCUCACCACUCUCAGGGCAGAACAUCGGCAAGAUUUGGAUAACGCCAUAAAGAAGAUUACUCGGGCAUCCCAGGAGCUGGAAAGCUCGGUGCUCCAGCUCAAGACAGAGUGGCAGAGUUUGGCCCAAGAAGCCCUCCGGGAAGACACGUUAAAGGAGAUAGUGGAGGCCCAGCUGGCUGGCCUGAGGCAGGAGCUGGCGGCCUUAAGCCAGAGACAGGCUGCAGUAGCAGAGCAAGUAGACCUUUGGCCACAGAAGAUGGCGGCCCUGCGCAGUGACGUGGAGUCUCAGUUCCCAGCCUGGAUCACUCAGUUCCUUCUUCGAGACAAAGGUGCUCAGGCUGGGCUCCUUCAGCUAGAAGAGGUGCAGGCCCAGCUUCGGGACUUGGAGUACAGAAUCCUCACUCAGGUGGCAGAGGGGCAGGUCAAGUCCUCCAGUGAAGCUGCUGCCAGCCUGAGGCUGACUCUUCGCAAGGAAGGAGUGACUGGGGUGACGGAGGAGGAAGUGCACCAGAUUGUGAAUGAGGCCCUGAAGCGCUAUAGUGAGGACCGCAUCGGGCUGGUGGACUACGCCCUGGAGUCCUCUGGGGCCAGCAUCAUCAGUACCCGCUGCUCAGAGACCUAUGACACCAGGACAGCCCUUCUCAGUCUGUUUGGCAUCCCCUUGUGGUACCAUUCCCAGUCCCCAAGAGCCAUCCUCCAGCCAGACGUCCAGCCUGGCAAUUGCUGGGCAUUCCGGGGCCCCCAGGGCUUUGCCGUGGUUCGAUUGUCUGCCCGCAUCCACCUCACUGCUGUCACCUUAGAGCACGUGCCCAAAGCCCUGUCCCCAGUCAGCAACAUCCCCAGCGCUCCCAAGGACUUUGUCAUCUUGGGGCUCAGUGAAGAUUCACAGUCGGAGGGGGUGGCCCUCGGGCACUUCACCUACGAUAACGCUGGGGAGUCCAUUCAGACCUUCCACUUUCAGGGCAAUGACACAGCCCCAUACCAGGUAGUCGAGCUUCGGAUCUUGAGCAACUGGGGUCACCCCGAGUAUACCUGCAUUUACCGUUUCCGGGUCCACGGGCGGCCUGCCAAUUAGCCCCUCACAGGGCCCUUCAUCCCUUCCCCCUUCAGCCACCUCCCCUCCACCAGCAGCAGCACCCCCACCUUCUCCUCCCUCUCCCUCGCUUCAUCCCUUAUGGGCGCUGUGGCUUCUGGAGAGACAGACAGAAGAUGGGAGCUCACCUCUGUGGAGCAGUCUUGCCCCACCAGGUUCUCUCUGAUGUGGGGGAGACCACCAGCUGAGUGAUUUCUGUUUCACUCCCCAUCUUCUUGAGGGUCAGGUGGCCCAGCUCCCUGCCAGGCCCUGCCCACCCCCAGGAGGUGUAUAUAGAGCUAUGUAUUAUAUGGUGGGGGUGUGGGUUGGGACAUUAGUGAGGGCUUUCCUAUGCUCAGCAGCAGUCUUACCAGAACCACAGCUAAGGCCACCUUGGCUUCCCUUGCCCUAGAGUCUAGGUCAAGGAAUUUGGCGUAUUAAGGGCAUGAUAAAUUGGGUGCCUCAAAAGGGCAGACUGGUAGCCAGUCUGUCCUGGUUAUGCCCAGCGGGUGGCUAAAGCCCCUGUCCAUGGGGCUGUGCAUGGUUCUCUUCACCAUGGGGCAUGAUGGGGGCAGUCUUUGAAAUCUGAAGCACCACAGUUCCCUGGGCUUUUUGUUCUGACAAAGCCAACAGCCUCAAUUUGGGGGAUGUUCUGCCCCCAAGAUCACCUGCGGUGGCAUUUAGAAACUAUGUGCCCCACAGGGUAUAGCCAUGGCUGGGAGGCCCCUUUUACCCAUUGGGGCUUAAUUUAGAGAGGAAUGGAGGGUUUCUAGUGUGUGGGAAAGGCAGUAUUAGAUACAGCAUUACUCAUGGAUUAGAUAAUGCUGAAGGGAGUGGGGCUCAGAAUGUAGCCAGGGCCAUGGGGAGAGGGCCUUCCCUUACGUUCCUGGUACCAGACCCAGGGCAGUACUUCUCCACUCUGGCCAUGCCUUCAUCCACCUUCUCACCUGCAGUUCAGUCACUGUGGGCUCUCCUUUGGGACCAUGGUAGGCAGGAAGACUGGCUGGGAUCCUGCUGAGAAGGGCCCUUCCCUGGCCCCAUCUAGGGUUGGCAUUGAGCCAAUGCUGCCCUCUCUCCCUGGGAUGGACCUGCCCUGCCCCAGGUGUCUCUGCAGGGAAACAGGGCAUAAUAGGCUCAUCAGGCUGGCUCUGGGCCCUGAUUCUAGUUCCUUUCUGGCUUGGUUAGCACAUGGGCAGAUGUUACGUUUAUUGGGAUAGGGUUGGGGGAGGAGCUUGUUGGAGUUAAGGCUGGGAUGGGAGGGGAAGGGCAAAUUCUUUGGCCCUGCGGGCCGAUUGUAUUAUGUAUAUAGAUAUAUAUUUAUAUUUAUACAUAGAUAUAUUUCAUGGCUCUUUGUUAUCAGAUAGAAAAGCUAAGGGCUUCAUUUCUGGCUGCCUCCCCUGGGGCCCAGGGUGAUAUUCACUCCAUCCCCAGCUUGGGGGGACGGGCUAUCAAGCACUGAUCCCCACAGUGGCAUCACUGUCCUUUCUGCCUCUUACCAUUAGGAGGGAAAGCAGGGCUUCACACCACAGGGCUGGUCACUGGUUCCUGAAGCCAGCAGGGGCACCCACUCUUCUGCAGAUUUCAGGGGCGAGCAGCAAGUGGUGCAGGGCUGACCCUAGCUUCCCCUCAGCCCAGUCUGCUCCCUCUGCUUCUGUCCCCUCCCCAGAAAGCUGGCAUCUGAGCAGCCCUACAUAGGAACCUACAGAUGGGGGCCUAGCUCUUCCCCAUCACAAAGGCUACUGUUUAAUUCUUUAGUUUUAUUUUUUAAUCGACAGAUUCUAAUUUAUGCCUAUGCAAAAAUAAAUUUUCUCUUGGA